AUGGUUGACGAAACAAACAAUCUGUUACAUCUUCCACAGGAGUUGCAAAACACUUAUUGCCCGCCGCUCGAUACCGCGCUUUUCAGCGCAAUCAUCUCUGAUUUCGAUCUCACAGACCCUGCUAGUCUAGAACAAUUGAAAGAUACACUCGAUGCCUUGAAGGUCUCAGCAGAAGAACAACAAGAUCUACCAUUUGAUCCUUCCGGAACAGGUGGCCUAGCUUCGGCAGAAGUUGUCCAGAAUGAUGGUACCACAUCGCGAAAUGAUACGAACGGAUCGAGAGAAGAUACCGAUAUUACUUCAUUGCAAUCCGACCUAUCGUCCGUCUGGAUCGGAAGCGAUGAUAGCAGAAAAAUUGGGGCGGGCAACUACAUAAUUAGCUCUGAGGGCUUACCCAGUUUGACUGGCUUGACUGCUGAAGAGAAAUCGAUUUACUUGACUGAAAUGUUUCCUUCGGUGACUCAAUACACUAUCAAACAUACCCUGACCAAAUGCGACUAUGAUGUAGAUCGCUCAAUGGAUGUUUUGCUGAACUUAUCAUUCUUUGAUAGUCAGCCCACUGUUGAUGAAGAUACAAUUGUUUCAAUACCGAAGGGUAUUGAGGGGUUCGUGUCUCCCAACACAAAUGGAAAACGAAAAGGGAAGAACAAGAGAGCAAGGGCUAAAAAUUCGCCUACUUUGGCGAAUAAUGAAAACCUAAUGGCACCGUCUGGGGCCAAGUCCCCCACAAAUAAAUGGGACGCUGCCAGAGAAGAUCUGGACUUUAUUCAUUCCAGAACCUCAUCAAUCCUUCAAAAGGAAACCGUGACUUCCACAUAUCACAAGAACCAUGCGUCUUGCGCGAAAACGAUCGAAAAUCUCGCUACAUCUCACGCUCCGACCAAGGCUAGCGAGGAUGCUGUAACUGUUUCACAGGUUGCUGAACUUACCCAGGACUUUCCUAGCAUUCCAGCUACCACCUUGGAAGGCUUGCUCAUCAUAACGGGAAACUCGGUAUCUGCUGCGAAUGAAUUAGCCAGAGCGAUGGUUUUCCGGCCAGUGCCCCAAUUGUCUGAUAUCAUUCGAAUCAAUGCCCCGGCCCCGAUUCUGGACGAGGACGAAACACCCAAACGGAGUCAAAUCACAACUCCUAGGAUAACAUCUACAUAUGGGGCUGCACAGAACAUGGCGGAUGUGCACUUUGCGGCGGGCUCAACGGCAUUCAGCCAGGCAUCCAGUGCGUAUCGGCGCAGUAAGUCUGACCGAUUGAUGGGUGGCGCAGCCGCGUACUACGCUUCUGUGGGCCGAGAUCAUCUCGAAAGAGCGAAAAGGGAAGCAUCCGCAGCGGCGGAUGCAUUUGUUAACCUACAAUCGAUGGCAGAUGUCCUCGAUUUACACGGAGUUGGCGUCCAGGACGCAGUGCGCAUCGCUAAUAGUCGCGUAUCCCAAUGGUGGGAAGGCUUGGGAGAUGUAAAAUAUACUGUAGGGGGCAUCGCUGGAAGAUCCUACAAAAUAAUUACUGGCGCUGGUCGCCAUAGUCGUGAUGGAACAUCACGUUUGGGUCCUGCAGUGGGCAAAAUGUUGGCUAGAGAAGGCUGGAAGGUGGAGGUCAGCGAGGGCGUGCUCACUGUCACUGGCAAACGUCGGACGAAAUGA